AUGAACAACUCAAAUGCACGACACGGAGGUCAUCCAUCAGACUCAAUCCCAGACGCCGCAUAUCCCAACGACGCUCCCUACCGAACAGACGGAGCCUCACCACAAACUAUGAAUCACACUCCUACAUCGCCAUCACCUCAGUACUCACCGCCCUCCCACUUCGGCGCCAGCAUCAACCCUCCAGCACCAUCCUCACCAUGGUCGCCCACAGUCCCGCAGAGUCCACCACCACCAUACGACCCGUCGCGUCCGCCAGCGAUAUACUCACCACUCGGGCCGCCUCCGCUAUCGUCGCCUCCGCCGCAGUACCCGCCCUCAACGCCGUGGCCGGGCAGCGUCGCGGGAUCCAGCGUGCACGGGGCGCCGUAUAAGAUGGGCGCAUCUGCGCAGGCGCGACGGAGGCGCAAGAUGCAGAUUCUUGCGCUGCUGGUGUGUGCGGUGAUUAUCUUCUUCUUUUCGUUGAUUAUGGGGAUUUUGAUGGGUGUUGUUAAGGUGCAGUGGAGGGACAAUCACGAUGACUAG